GCUUUUGUCAUGCGCAGCUGCGCCGGCGGAGCCCCUCCCGUCCCCGUCGAGCGCUCCGGAGACAGGCGAGAAAGAAGAAGCCGGCGGAGGAGGGGGGGAGCAGCAGUAAAGGCAACGGCGGGCGGCUCAUGGCUCCCGGAGGCUGAGGGGGAGAAGGGGGGAGGGGGAGGAGGGCGGGGCGCGCGCGCGGAGCAGCAGCGGCGGGAGGGGGGGGCUCUUCCCCGGCCAGGCGACGGCGAGGCCCUCCCGCUGCGGGGCUCGCGACGCAACUCCGGCUGGUCUCCUCCUCCCUCCUCCCCCCUCCCUCCCCCGCGCGGCGGUGUUAUGGCCUCUUGCUGGGGCGCGGAAGGGUCCCUUGCUUGGAGGUCAGCGCAGCUCCUGCUCCUCGUCGCCUCCUGUUGCGGAAACAGUGCUCUUGCAGAACGUUCCGAAAAUGUGCAUAUUUCAGAAAGCUCAACUGGUUGUGGAGAUAUUCCAGAACAAAUUAAAGGUCCAAGUGGGAUAAUCACAAGCCCAGGCUGGCCUCUUGAAUAUCCUGCUAGAUUGAAUUGUAGCUGGUAUAUCCAGGCAAAUCCAGGAGAAAUUAUUACAAUAAGUUUUCAGGAUUUUGAUGUUCAGGGAUCACGGCGAUGCAGUUCAGAUUCUUUAACAAUAGGGACCUACAAAAAUAUGGAAAAUUACAGAGUUUGUGGAUCCUCAGUUCCAUCUCCAUAUAUCUCUUCACAAGACCAUGUUUGGAUCAGAUUUCAUUCAGAUGAUAUCAUAUCACGAAAGGGCUUCAGAUUGACUUAUUUUGCGGGAAAAUCCAGCGAAUUGCAUUGCGACUGUAACCAGUUCCACUGUGCUAAUGGAAAAUGUAUUCCAGAAUCUUGGAAGUGUAAUGACAUGGAUGAAUGUGGAGAUAAUUCUGAUGAAGAGAUCUGUCCCAAGGCUAGUCCUCCAACUGCUGCUCCCUUCCCGCCAUGUGCAUACAAUCAGUUCCAGUGUCUCUCACGUUUCAAUGUUUACACUUGCAUUCCAGAAUCUUCAAGAUGUGACGGAAAUCUUGACUGUCUUGAUUUAGGAGAUGAAAUAGACUGUGGCAUGCCAAGCUGUGGGCAGUUACUAAAAUAUUUUUAUGGUACUUUCAAUUCUCCUAAUUAUCCAGACUUUUAUCCACCAGGGAGCAAUUGCACUUGGCUGAUAGAUACAGGAGAUCACCGCAAAGUUAUUUUGCGUUUCACUGACUUUAAACUUGACGGUACUGGUUAUGGGGAUUAUGUCAAAAUAUACGAUGGACUAGAAGAAAAUCCACACAAGCUCUUGCGUGUUUUAACUGCCUUUGACUCCCAUGCACCUCUUACAGUUGUUUCAACUUCUGGUCAAAUCAGAGUGCAUUUUUGUGCUGACAAAGUAAAUGCUGCAAGAGGGUUUAAUGCUACCUAUCAAGUAGACGGUUUUUGUCUGCCAUGGGAAAUUCCCUGUGGUGGAAACUGGGGAUGUUACACCGAGCAGCAGCGUUGCGAUGGCUACUGGCAUUGCCCAAAUGGAAGGGAUGAAACCAACUGCACCAUGUGUCAGAAGGAAGAAUUCCCCUGCUCCCGGAAUGGUGUCUGUUACCCACGGUCUGAUCGCUGCAACUACCAGAAUCACUGUCCCAAUGGUUCUGAUGAAAAGAAUUGCUUCUUUUGCCAGCCAGGGAACUUCCACUGCAAAAACAAUCGCUGUGUGUUUGAAAGCUGGGUGUGUGAUUCUCAAGAUGACUGUGGUGAUGGCAGUGAUGAAGAGAACUGUCCAGUGAUUGUACCCACCAGAGUAAUCACAGCUGCUGUCAUUGGAAGCCUAAUCUGUGGGUUGCUUCUUGUCAUUGCGUUGGGAUGUACUUGUAAACUGUAUUCAUUAAGAAUGUUUGAACGAAGGUCAUUUGAAACACAGCUAUCAAGGGUUGAGGCAGAGCUAUUGAGAAGAGAAGCUCCUCCUUCUUAUGGACAGUUGAUUGCACAAGGACUAAUUCCACCCGUUGAAGAUUUCCCAGUUUGUUCACCAAAUCAGGCCUCGGUCUUAGAAAAUUUGAGACUGGCAGUGAGAUCUCAGCUUGGAUUUACAUCUAUUAGAUUUCCAAUUGCUGGCCGGUCAAGCAAUAUUUGGAACCGAAUCUUUAAUUUUGCAAGAUCCCGUCAUUCUGCAUCCAUGUCAUUGGUGUCAUCAGAUGGAGAUGAUCUUACCAGCCAGAACAGUAACAGAGAAACGGAAAGAAAUAGUUCACAUCGAAAUCUCUUUUCGGUGGAAUCUGAUGAUACUGAUACAGAAACUGAACGAAGAGACACAACAGGUGCAGUUGGUGGUGUUGCUGCUACAUUGCCUCAAAAGGUCCCUCCUGCAACCGCCGUGGAAGCAACUGUUUUCUGUGGAACUUCCUCAAUCCAGAAUACUAGCAGUAGUACAGACAGUGGAAGAGAACCAGCAAGCAUGGAACCUCCAAGUUCUAGUCCAGGACGCCAUCAGUUUUCUAGUGCAUUAAGUCGAAUGACUCAAGGGUUACGUUGGGUACGCUUUACCUUAGGAAGAUCAAGUCCAGUUAAUCAGAACCAAAGCCCUUUGAGACAGCUUGAUAAUGGAGUAGGUGGAGGAAGAGAUGAAGAUGACGAUGUUGAAAUGCUAAUUCCAGUUUCUGAUGUAGCAUCAGACUUUGAUGUGAAUGAUUGUUCACAACCUCUGCUCGAUCUCACUUCAGAUCAAGGACAAGGGCCUAGACAGCCAUACAGUGCAACACCUAAUGGAGUACAGCCCUCCAAUCGAGAGGGCCCCUGUGAGCACUGUGGAAUAGUACACACUGCUCAGAUACCUGACUCGUGCUUAGAAGCUAUGUUGAAAAAUGAAACUAGUGAUGAUGAGGCUUUGUUACUCUGCUAAGUAUUAAUUGAAUGAGUGGAAAUGUCUGCAAGUUGGAGCAAUAUGGUGAUUGGUUUUUGUACUUCAUCUUUAAGGAAAAAAAUAGAUUUUUGUUUCAAAAAAGAAUCCAGGGCAACUCACAUGACUUCCAAAUUUGACUGUGCAUGACUGAAUGAAUCUGUUGCAACAAAGAAAGAUUGUUAUUGGUCUACAUACAUAACGUAUGUUUGUUGCUAGAGUGGUUGUUUUGUUGUUGUUGUUACUAUUACCCUUUAAGGGUCCUUUUCUUGAGAGCUUUUCCUAGUACUGCUUUUUCUACUAGACUCCUUAAAGCCUGCACAAGGAGUUGACGGAGAGUACGUUGCCUCUGUAAUUUAUAAAACAUGUCACCAACGAAUGAACUUGGUGGAAUUUUGCAGCAUGCAAUUUUCUGGCAUACCUGUACGUGUGCAUUUUCAGUGUUGUAAAGGCAUGCAUCUAUCACCAGUUCCUUACUCAUGCUUUCUGGAAGAAAGAAAGAAUAGCGCUAUCUAGGAAGUGGUCCUUGGUUUCAGAUAGUUUUAACAUUGUGUAAUUUACAGUAGGAACAUGGCUGCUCAUCCACACUUUUGUCUGCCUACCAUUCACUCCCAUUUGUCAGAUUGUUUUUUAUGUAAUAUUUACUUCAUGUUAAAAUCAAAUCCAGCAUAAAUUGCCAAUAUAAUUUAAUACAAUAUACUAAAUGCUAAUUAUUUCUGAAAGUAUUGUGGUUUAUAUUGUCAAAUUACUGAAUGUUCUCUUGUCAAGUUUUUUUUUAAAGGUUGGAUUUUUUUUCCAGUACACUACACUGUAUUUGUUUUUUUCUUUUACUUGUAAAUGUUGAAAUGGCAGAAACUGAUGGCAAAAAAAUGUUUUGUAGCUUUUAUAACAUUAAUUUCAAUACGUUGGUCUAGAAUGGUACAACCAAAUAAGGUGUAAAAAUUCAAAGAAAUUUUUCAUCUAUCUUUGUAGAUAGAUACUUAAAGCAGAUAAAUAUGCAUUUGAUUCUUGUAUAUAACAUGUUUUUUAAGAUGAAAUAGGUACACAUAACUUUAGAAAACUACAAUGAAUCUUUCCCUAAUAGAGUUUAAAUUUGUUCAGUCUAAAGGGAUUUGCACUAAACCUAUAUUAAGGUCUCUAAAGAAUUAGUGCACAUGCACUAUAACUUUAAAUAUUAGUCUCUAAUGCAACAAUGAAUAUAUAGUUCCAUAGCUCUGUUCUUGUGUUCUAACUUUCUUUUGUUGGUUGAUACAAUUGAAUUUGCUUUACUAACUUCCUAUUUAUUCACUGUAUUUAAAAAAAUUAGUUUAUGUAGUAUCAGUUCUCGCUUUAAAACAACAAAAAGUUCUAGGUUUUUAUUUUAUUACAUCCCGUUGUUAGUGCAAAAUAUAUCAGCAAUAGGGGAAAAAAAUCAGUUUCCAGUUUAAUGGCUAGCUGGUGGUUGUUACUUUUUGAUGAUACCAAGAAAAGAAUCUUUUGAGAAGAAAAGGUUGUGAAUUGCUGUUAUAUUUAUAUUUGGGCAGUCUAAGUAGGUUUAAUGAUUUAUUAUGAAAAAUGUAUUUGUGUAUGAUUGUGUCUUAUUUAUUAAAUUUUACAUACAUUGUUGAAUGUCAUUUUAAAGCAUGUUUAAAGACUUGUGGAAUUCUUGUUAUGCUAUCAAAAAAAACCUCAUGUUUUAAGAUAUAUCACAUUAAAAAAACCUGUCAUGUAUUGCGUGGCCCAGUUCCAAACAGGCCGCAACCCCAGUAGUGGGCUGUGGCCCCGGGGGUUGGGGACCCUGACAUAGAGUACUCAGUAUGUUUUAUAUUUGGGGGUGGGGAGUGGAUUCUGGAAUCAAAUUCAAGAUUUCUAAUUGCAAAAUUGGCUGCUAAGUUUCAAGUAUUAUUUAAUCUUUGAAGCUAAAUAUCAGGCUGUUUUUCUUUAAACAUACUGGCGGAAUUAGGCUAAAAUAACUUAAAAAGAUACAAACCUAUUGCAAAAGUUGAAUGCCUAGAAUUAAACAUUUCAUUUUCAGUGAUUUCAAGAAAAUAAUGAAGCAGUGCUUGAAUAGAUUAUGACUUUUAAGAAUAAAACAUUUGUUUUAUCCUGCA